AUGGUCGAUUUUGCGGAGGCAAUUGAGGAUUGCCAACUCGUGGACCCAGGGUUCAAUGGGGCGGAAUUUACUUGGGCAAAAAACGGUCUAUUUGAACGGCAGGAUACAGUGCUUGUUAAUGAGGCUUGGACUAGGGUCUUCGAGGCCACCCGAGUAACGAACCUCCCACGGAUCGCCUCGGACCACGGACCAGUCCUAGCACGAUGCAAAAUGUCGGACAUUGCCAUCGGGGGGAAGGCAUUCAGGUUCCAGAACAUGUGGAUCCGACAUGAGAGAUUUUUGGCUGUAGUUAAGAAUGCAUGGGAAGAGCCCACUGGGGCGGGCGGCCUUCUUAACAUCCAAAUUAAACAUUCCAGAGUUAAAAGAGCACUAAAGGAGUGGAACAAAGAGGUUUUCGGGACCUUUUGA